AUGCUGCUUGUCCGCUCGCCGUCGCUCCUCUCCCUGCCUCUUUCCUGCCUGUCGUGCCAUGCCAUCAGAACACACCCUUUCGGUCCGUCGGACCUUUCAGAGCUCACACUCCUUUUCAUCUACCUACCAAUUCCGUGGCCUCGUCCCUUCCCCUUCUUUUCUUUCACCUCCCCCUUCCCCGCUGUAGUAAGUAACCCUCUUUUCCCUGGCGCAUUCCUCAUCCUCUUUCUGCUGUCUCGUUUCUCACUCUCCUUCUCCUCUUUCUCCUGUCUCGUUUCUCACUCUCCUUCUCCUCUUUCUCCUGUCUCGUUUCUCACUCUCUUUCUCCUCUUUCUCCUGUCUCGGUUCUCACUCUCCUUCGUUCGCAGCCAGUGGGGCUGGUGUGGAAGCAACGACUCCUUCUGCGGUGCGGGAUGCCAGAACGGGCCGUGCUCUGGUGAGGAGAAUGGUUCAGAUGAAUCUGGCAGCCGCGGGUUCAGGGGCGUGUUCAAGGAAAUGUCGCCCCAUGACCGGUCCCUCUCCCUUCCCCCUUCCCCCCUAUCUCCACGCCAGGUGGAGGAGAUGGCAUCAAAGAAUCACGUCAACCUCGUGCGCCUCUUAGGCUACUGCAGCCACAUGGACGCGGCGACUGGAGGCAUAGAGCAGAUUCUUAUUUAUGAGUACAUGCACAACGGCGACCUCGAGGGAUGGGUGGGACCAGGUAGGCUCUGGUGUGGGUCGACUCAAAAGUCACCUGUGAUGGCUGGGGGAAUGGCUGGGGGCAUAGAGCAGAUUCUCAUCUAUGAGUACAUGCACAACGGCGACCUCGAGGGAUGGGUCGGGUCGGACCAGGUGGGUGCUUGA